AUGCAUUACAAUGUGUCGGCACCACAAUGUCCUGCACCCAGUGUGGGUAUAAUGAAUUCAUUGGUUACUUUAUUGGUGCAAAGUUUAUAUGCGGCUCAGUGUAAUAUUUCCAAAAGUGACUAUUGGCCACCAGAUUAUGCAGAGACAGCAUUGAAAUCGGGUUUGGAUGCUUAUGAUUUUGUGGUGGUGGGUGCAGGUUCUGCUGGCUCAGUAAUGGCCAGUCGUUUGAGUGAAAAUCCCAAAUGGAAAGUGUUAGUUUUGGAAGCUGGCGGUGAUCCUCCUCAAGAAUCAGAGAUUCCCAGUUUCUUUUUUGGUAUGCCAAAUACGAAUUAUACCUAUAGCUAUUUAACGGAACCCAGCGACUUAUCUUGUAAGGCUUAUAAAGAUAACCGAUGUCAUUGGCCUCGUGGUAAACUAAUUGGAGGUACUGGUGCCAUCAAUGGCAUGCUUUACGUAAGAGGCAAUCGUUUUGAUUAUGAUCGCUGGCUAGAGGAAGGCAAUGAAGGUUGGGGUUUUGAAGAUGUUUGGCAAUAUUUUGAGAAAUCUAUUAGACCGGUGGGCAAUGCAACUCAUCCUCAAGGUUAUGUUACCCUUAAUGAGUUUCCACGUUUUGAUGAGGAUAUAUUCUCCAUGAUUUUCCAAGGUACCGGUGAGUUGGGCAUACCUAGAGUUGAGGAAUUUGGUGAAGAUAGCUAUAUAGGUUAUAGUCAUAUCAAGGGUACUAUACAAAAUGGCUUCAGAGCCAGUACUGGCAAAGGAUAUUUGGGCAAGGUUGCCCAAAGGCCAAAUUUAAAAGUCAUUAAAAAUGCCCAAGUAACUAAAUUGGAAUUCGACCAUACAGGUCAAACAGUAAAAGCCGUGGAGUUUUUAAUAAAACAACAAGAUAAACUUAAAGUGCAAAUAAAACGUGAGGUUGUUAUAUCUGCUGGUACCAUUGACUCACCUAAAUUGCUAAUGCUCUCGGGUAUAGGUCCAGAAUAUAAACUGAAGCCUUUAAACAUUCCGAUUAUUAAAGAUCUUCCCAUAGGUGAAAAUCUACAAGAUCAUGUUAUAAUACAAUUAUUUCUACGCCUAUCAGCUAAUCCUCGCGAUCAGAAAAACUUACUGGACUCUAUUUACCAAUAUUUAAUUUACAAUAAAGGACCUUUCAGUUCCCAUGGUACUGCCUCUUUAACAGGUUUCGUAAAUACAAAUUUAUUCAGAAAGUCGCGCUAUCCUGAUAUGGAAUUUCAUCAUGUUGUAUCAAGACGAGGUGAUGAAAUGGGCUUUGAUAUAUUUUUGGAUGGUUUUAAUAUUAAACCUGAAUUCAGACCCUACUUUAGGGAGAAUAUUGAAAAAUUCGAUUUGUUGACCAUAUUUGCAGUAUUAUCCCAUCCCCAAUCGGUGGGAGAUAUAACACUUAAAUCAUCAUCUCCUCAAGAUCCACCCAUAAUCAAGGCAAAUUAUUUAUCAGCUCAAGAAGAUGUAGAAGUUUUGCUACGAGGCAUGGAAUAUUUAAUGAGUUUGGAACAGACUCAAGCCUUCAGGGAAAAACAGGUUGAAAUCCUAAAAAUACCAAUUAAAGAAUGUGAUGAAUUUCAAUUUAAAACGGAACAAUAUUGGAGAUGUUAUUUUUCGUAUUUCUCCAACACUUGUUAUCAUCCGGUAGGAUCGGUUAAAAUGGGUCAUUUGGAUGAAGCUAAAACUUGUGUCGAUUCCAGACUAAAGAUUAAGGGUGUGAAUAAUUUACGUGUGGUUGAUGCUUCAAUAAUGCCUUAUGUUACUAGUGGUAAUACAAACGCACCGACCAUUAUGAUUGCGGAAAAGGCUGCCGAUCUUAUUAAGGAAGACUGGUCUUCGGUUGAAUGUAAAAGAGGAUCGUGA